AACUCUACACGCGAUAAUUGUCAGUAGUUUAUCAGCUUUCGCUCAAAUCGAUAGUGUUAUUUCUACUCUAGCUGCUCUUAAAAAAAAAAUGGCACCCGCAUACAAACUCUCUUACUUCAACUUUAGAGGUCUAGCCGAAACGGCGCGAUUUCUUCUCAACUACGGAGGAAUAGAGUUCGAGGAUGUUCGUGUCACACAAGAAGAAUGGCCUCAGCUUAAAGAGAAAAUGCCGUUCGGUACACUCCCUGUCCUUGAACACGACGGGAAACAAGCGGGUCAGAGCAUCGCAAUUGCCAGAUAUCUGGCCAAACAAGUCGGGCUUGCAGGAAAGGACGACUGGGAAAAUCUGGAAAUCGAUGCUAUAGUCGAUACGAUAAACGAUUUGCGCUUGAAAUUGUUGGCUAUACAUUUCGAGAAAGACGAAGAAAAGAAGAAAACUCUUCUUGAAACAGCGGCCAAAGAGACGAUUCCUUACUAUAUAACGCGGUUGGAGACGAUCGUUCAACAAAAUAACGGACAUCUAGCUUUGGGGAGGUUGACCUGGGCUGAUUUCUACUUCACCACGGUUUGUGGUGCUUUCGACUUCUUUUUUGGGGGAGACUGUUUGGCCAACUCUCCAAGCCUGAAAAGCUUGGUUCAGAAAGUAAACGAACUGCCGGCUAUCAAGAAGUGGAUAGAAAUCCGCCCCAAGACUGAAUUUUAAUUGUUAAAGUUUUGAUUUUAUUACUUUUAAUAACAUCACAUUGUAUAAUAGACAAUAUGGCACAAGUGUAUUAAAACAAACGUAUCCAAUAUUUCAAAA